AAACUUGUUUGCCCUGUUGCUUUUGUUCUCCUGAGCCACAUGGUCCAGUGGAUGGAGAGGGGGUCAGAUACCAUCUUGCCUUUGUCUGAGAAAAUGAUGGAGGGCACUCUCUAUGGGAGGUGGUUUUGUUCGUUCGGUGGUGGAUACCCUUUUGUAAGUAGAGCACUCUCUCUUUUGUUCCCUCUUUAAUUGAUAUUGAUGUGGUUAUGGUGAGUUUUUCAGUAAAACUGUGAUUUCAAGUUGUGGUCUCUCCAAGUGUUUGCUCUGUUGUUGUAAGGGAUUAGGGGAAUGGGCAACUCGAGUGGGGUUAAUUUUCCUACUGGGUUUUUAAACCAGCACAAUGGGCAGUGUAGUUUUUGUCCUAUGUUAAUCAGCAUGUUUGACUCAUAAAUCUUAUGUAAAACAACAAUGGAGUCUCAUGAUAGUUUGGGUGGAAAAACAGAACUUCCAGGCAUGUCUAGAGGAUAAGAAAUGAGAAUGAUGCUGUCAUUCUUGAUCAAGCUGCUGUUUCUAAGCACCCUGGGGCUUGUGGCAAAUCCAAAUCCAGGAUGCAGCUGCCCCAGGACUUACCAUUUCCCUGUGUUUGCAUGACAAGGAUUUGCUUUCAGGGUAGCCAAAUAUGAAAUGCACGUGAAGAUCGGUGUUGGCGCGGGAUGCUGUCCAGGAGAGGGCCACGCCCCCUCGGUGCAGCUCCUCUGCUUGCAUCACAGCUGCUGCAGCUCAACAGAAGAAAACCUCAGGGAAAAGCUAAGCCAAACUUUCAAACUGAGGGAGCCUCAAUAGAGCACGUGUCACCCAUAGACCCCGAAGGGCUUGGCAGUCAAGAUAGGAGCUUCCUGAAGAUGAAACCCUCUGCCACCUAUGAGCUCUUAGUGAACAGUGUUGGGCCAUGGGACUUCACUGGCAGUUUUGUUCCAUGUGAACUGCUCCUUGUUGGAGAGGAUGCCUUCCCUGUGCUCCUGAGCGCUAAGAAGCAGGUUCUGAUUGCUGUUUCACAGUAUGGGAAGGGCCGGAUGGUGGUUGUUUCCCAUGAAGGAAUCUUGAAGGACUCCAAGUUUUCCCAGUUCCUCAGAAAUGCUGUGGAGUGGCUCAAGCCUUGCGCCGAGACCCUGGUUGGGGUGCAUUCUCAGUUGGAUUCCCUCUCCCAGGUGCUGCUCAGGGCUGGCACUAAAGUACAGGCUGGGGCAGAGCUCAGCCCCUCCCUGGGGGUGUACUGUGUGGAUGCCUAUGACAGCUCAAAGGCGAAAGACCUGGUUGGCUUUGUAAAAGCAGGGGGAGGGCUUCUCAUUGGAGGCCAAGCCUGGCACUGGGCUAGUCAACAUGGCAAGGAGAAGGUGCUGUUCGAAUUCCCUGGGAACCAAGUGACCAGCGUGGCUGGCGUGUACUUCACAGGAAAUGCUGUGGAAAAAGGCAUCUUCAAAGUAGCCAAGAAAAUUCCCAAGAUCCCGUUAGUUGUCUCGCACCAGGCCGACCUCAGCCUUGAUGCUGAGUUUCUCCUGCGUGGUGUGCUGGAGCUGGAUUUGAUGACGGGGGGCAUUCCCUCCACCCUGCUGGUGCACGGUGUCCUCUCCUUCCCCCUCUGCCUGGACAGCUCACACGGCUGCCUCUUGGCUGCGGCACACUAUGGCCGAGGCCGUGUUGUGGUGGCGACCCAUGAGAGCCAUCUGUUCUCCCCUAAGCUGGCCAGAUUCCUGCUCAAUGCUGUCUGCUGGCUGGAUGCUGGGAGGAAGGGGCUGGUGGGUGUGAAUCCCAGCCUGAAGAAACUGUGUAGCCUCCUCUCUCCGGAAGGGGUGAAGUCACAGGUGUCAGAGCUGACGGGUGACCUCAGCGUGUACUGCUGCUCUUCUUACAGCGACAGAGAGGCGGAAAGGAUUCACGCUUUCGUGGCAGAGGGAGGUGGCCUAUUGGUGGGAGGCCAGGCCUGGUACUGGGCUUCCCAGAACUGCGGCAAAGCCGCUGUGGCGGAAUAUCCUGGCAACAAAAUCCUGAACCGCUUUGGGCUGAGUAUCCUGGGGCAGAGUGGCCAGGCGGCCAAGCACCGGCCCGUGGGGCCCGGGGAGCACUACCAUUUCCGCAAGGCGCUCCUGCUCUUCAGCACGCAGGUGCACAAAUGUGAGGAGCUCACGGGGCCCCUGAAGGACUGGCUGCACUGCAUGACACGAGACUGCGCUGCCUUCCUGCGCAUCCCCGCCCACGACUGCCCAGCAUACGCCUCGCUGCACCGCAUCCUGACCAAAGUGCUGCAGAGAAGCGGGAUCCCACAGGUCAGCAGGCACUGCCCUGUCAAGAGGAACUCCAAAGAGGCAGCCCUGCUCUGCAUGGCAACUGAGCUGUCCCUCACCAUGACAGACAGUGCAGCCUUGGUGCAGAAAUGUGCUGCUGGAGUCUGUGCCCUCCCCAUCACUGUGGAAAUUGAUGGCACAAACCCAGGUAAGACAGCCUGGAGGAGCACAGGACUCUACCUCCCUGAAGGGCACACAGCAGUUAUAACAUGCCCUUGCCUAGUGGUCGGUGCUGGUCUGAAGGUGCAGAUUGGGUGUCACACAGAUGACCUCUCUCAUGCCAAAGAGCUGAAACGGGCGCCAGUGGUAAUACGCACCUGUGAUGUUGCCUGCCAGAAGCAGUCCAUUUCUUGCCUCUGGGGUGGCCUGAUUUAUAUCAUAGUACCAGCAAGGAGUGUCCUGGGGAAGGUGCCCAUCACAGUGGAAGGGGCAGUCAGAGCUCCUUUCUUCAAGCUUGGGGAGACCUGUGAAAGCCAGUGGAAGGCCUGUAUCCGGCACUACCCUGCUCCCUGGGCAGAACUGGCUGUUGAGAAUCUUAUCCUGACGGUGCCCUCCGACAGCAUCCGCCACAUGGAGAACCCACAGCCACUGCUGACCCUGUGGAAUGAGAUCAUGGUGGCAAUAAGCAAACUGGCAGCCAUACCAAUGAAAUUCCCAAGGCCAGAGAGGAUUGUAACAGAUGUCCAGAUCUCAUGUGGCUGGAUGCAUGCUGGAUACCCCAUCAUGGGCCACCUAGAUUCGGUGAAGGAGAUGUUAGAUGUGAAGCAUAUGCAAACUACUGGUCUUUGGGGUCCUAUCCAUGAGCUGGGACACAAUCAACAGCAGCAAGCGUGGGAAUUUCCCCCUCAUACCACAGAGGCCACAUGCAACCUCUGGUCUGUCUAUGUUCAUGAGAAGGUGCUGGGGAUUCCCAGGCAUCAGGCCCAUCAGGCCCUUAAGUCACAGUGUCGGCAGGAAAGGAUAAAAGAGUAUCUGAGGAAAGGCGCUCAGCUAAAGGACUGGAAUGUGUGGACUGCUCUGGAGACAUACCUGCAGUUGCAGGAAGGGUUUGGUUGGGAUCCCUUCAUCCGCCUCUUCUCUGACUACCAGAAAAUGUCCACCAUCCCAAAAGACAACCCUUCUAAGAUGAACUUGUGGGCACAGAAGUUUUCUCAGCAGGUGAAUAAAAAUUUGGCUCCAUUCUUUACAGCCUGGGGAUGGCCUAUCAAGAAAGAGCUGUCUCUGGAACUGUCCUCUCUACCCAGCUGGGAACAGGACCCAAUGAAAUCCUACAAACCAUAAAGGAAAACUAUCUAAAUCUUGAUUCUCAUACUAGCUAUGGCCUAUCUUUUUCUCCUUGUGUGCUGCAUGAUAGCUCACUAUGUGCUUAGAUUUACACUAGAUUCUUCAGCUUCUUGCUGACAAUGGAGGUCAACCCAACAGAAAUUCAACAGGAAUUUGUCUGCAGAUCUGCAAUCUAUCUUCUGAAGGAUUAAAUAAUCAAUGAGCUUUGUUCUGGGUUCUUCACCUCAGGAGGAAUGUAAUUCAGAGUUUAUUUAGUUCCUACAGAACCUUUCUCUGGUGAAAUGGAAGUUUUCAGGGUGAAGCAGUCACUGGAACAGUCUCAAGGACAAUAUCAAGGAAAUAUAGAUCUUUAAAGCAAAUAGUAACCUCCACAAUGUUAUAACCUCAGUGACAUGAGAUUUUAACUAUUGUUUUUGUAACUCUAAAAUCCCUAAUUUUUCAUUCCUCUACUUAUGCAGAACUUCCACACCUACUAUUAUGAAAGUGGCCUUGUAUACAGGUUAUAUUAUAUAUAGUUGAUACUGAAAUGCUGUAGAUUUCUUCCUACAUUCUAUGACUGUGUGACCCAACAUCCAGCUUUAUGUGAAUAGGUCAGUUGUAAGUUGUUGCUGUCACUCUUAACUGUGGCCUGACAACAAGAUACAACCAAUGUAGAUGGGAGAGUGGAAGCAAAGAAGUGACUUGAUUGUAAUCAGUAAUGGUUUAACUCAUGGCCUCAGCAAAAGUUAAAACACAAGCACUGACCUGACAGCAUGAGGGAGCAGAGAGGGAGCAGAGUUCAUCAAGACAGUAAAAAAAGACUAGAAUAGAAAUUA